AUGGCGAGUCUGCUUGAGCGAACGGAGAUCGGCGCGCUUGUAUCGGAAAAGAGGGAGAUUAUAUCGGUGCCCGACACCGCCACCGCGCACGACGCUCCCGAGUCGAUCCCCUCUUCCCUUCUUCCCCCGUGCAUCCCAUUUCCUUUCACCACUCUCUCCCUUUCUUCCGCGCAUCUCCCAGUUCCUUUACCUCUCCUCCCCCUCCUCCUCCACUCCCCCUCUCCCCCCUCCCACGUCACCCCCCUCCUCCUUUCCCCCUCUCCUCCUCUCUCUCCCCAGCUGAUGAACGCGAGCGGCAUAGUGGCGCUGCCAGGAGUGGUGAGCAUGGCGGACGUAGCGAUCCACGUGGGAGUGGUGAGCAUGGCAGACGUGGCAAUGCAUCUAGUGAGGGAGGGAGCGAGGCCAGCAGCGCUCAAGGCGGGUGUGGUUAGCCUCAUCGGCAACUCGCCUGAAGGCCUCUCGCUCUGGGUCGCCUCCACCUCCACGCCGCUCAUGCAGCGCGCGGGAGGUGUGAGAGCAGUGGCGGUGGUGGCAGGGAGUGCGGAGGAGGAGUGGAUGGAGGAGGGCGAGGGGUCUGGGUCAGGAGCUGCUUCUGCUGCUGGUGCUGCUGGUGCUGCUGACAUGGCAGGAGGAGGAAGGGGAGGGGGGGUUGGGGGAGGGAGGGGGAGGGAGAGGGGUGAAGCGGGGUGGGUGAGGGGUGGCCGGCUGCUGGGGACUCUGUCAGUGUCGGAUUUGAGGGGCAUGGACGCUGAGACACUAGCUCAGCUCACAUCCAUGAAGGUGAGGGCUGAUCCAACCUCCUGUGUGCAGAGCAGGUGUGUGUAUGAGGGGGGUGGCCAGCUGCUGGGGACUCUGUCGGUGUCGGAUCUCAGAGGCAUGGACGCGGAGACCCUAGCGCAUCUCACAUCCAUGAAGCUUUCACAGGUGCGGGACUUCCUGGCUCACAUGGCGUCGCUCACCCUUGAAGGUCGCCGCCCAUCCAUCACAUGCCGCAUGGCAGCGCCUCUGGCGGAGGUGAUGGCGCUGGCAGUGACCAACCGCGUGCACCGCGUGUGGGUCACCGGGGAGGAUGAUGAGCUGCUGGGAGUUGUGCCCCUCGCCGAUUGCAUCGAUGCUUGCAGACGGGCAGUGGCAGGGCAGCAGGGCGGCAGGAGAGGAGGGACACAGGGGGAGAUGGAACCGGGCCUCAGGAAAUCCCCCCCUGCUCUGGGCUGGACAGAGUGGACUGGCUGGUUGGGCGGUGGAAGGGUGGGGAUACUGCUGGUUGGUGGGGAAAGCACGAGUGCUGCUGACCAACUGGCGGUGGGUGGAGAGGAGAGGGUAGCAGCAGCAGCACAGCACAUUGAUGGGUAG